AUGUCGUCGUCUGAAAAUAAUUCGGAUGCGUCCGCGCCGCCAUCUCCAGCCAAAUCGUGAGUUUUCAACAAGAAAAGUUUAGUUAGGGACGACGAUUCGAACUUAUAAAAUGAGAAAAUACGGCUGUGUCUGAAAAGCACGGACCCAAGUAUUAUUUUUCAUGCAAUCGCGCUCUACCGCAAUCCAAAUUAGUACUGAACUCGCGUGGAAUUACGGUGGUAAUGGAUAAUACUGUUUAGUUGCGGGAAGUGCGAAACUUGUCCAUUUCGACUCUCAUCCCUAUGCUAUGUCAUCUCUAUUCUCAUCCCUUUGAACCACUACGAAUCCUGAUAACCUCUAGAGAUAGAUCAUCUUUGAGAUAGAUCACAUAACCAAAUAUAGAGUGAUUCCCGACACCGUGAAGCUUUUCCUGGGAUCAAGAAUGCUGUUAGGCUUCAUUAAAAGGAAAGCAGAUGUUACCAAUGAAAUAUUUAGUCUUUAGAGCUGUCCUCACCUUAUCUGUCAGUUUUCUGAUGCUACAAUGCUCACAGGGCCCAUAGAAUGGAACAAAACACUAUUUCUCCCAAGCAAUACACUCUAGGAUUGGUAUUCUGACGGUUAUCGACCGUACUCAUAGUUUCUGGGGGAAAAGAGGGUUGUGUUCCAAAGUUAUCAGGAUUCUUUGUGAUUUGACACAAUGAAGAGUGGGAGUAAUCGAAGUUGGAGAGGAGUGAAAUUCCGUAUCUGUUCUGUUCUAUCACCAUCACUUGGGUCCGUUCUUUUCCCGGACCGAACCCAUUUUUCUUCUUCUUCUUUUUAACGAAAGUUAUAUUCAGCGCAACUCCGUCGUCGCGCGGCUCCACGCCGCCUGCCCAAGAAUCGGCGAAACGGAAAGGGAUUCUGUCGUCGGAUUCCGAAGAUUCCGAUCACGGACGGCCGGCUGCCGCACACGCAAGAGUAAAAAUCUAUUUUUUAAAAAAACAUUUGAAAAUUCAUCAUAAACAUUUGCAGGAGAGUUCGGGCGGCGAUUCUCCGCGUGCGUCGGCGCCGAAAGGCGGCAAUCUGUUCGGAGACGUUUCGGGCUCUUCGGACGACGAUUCCGAGCGAGAGGGACCGCCGAAAACGGAGAAAAAGAAGGAGAUGCUGUCGGAUUCUGAGGCGGAAAGCCGUGGAAGUAUGGAGGACCUGCAGGGCAUUGUGAUGGCCAAUCCCGACGAAAUAGAGCAGGAGCACGAGGAGCACCACGAGGAGGUCCACGACACCGAGGUAUGGUGCAUCCAAAAAAACCACACCGAAUUUUCAAGACGCAAAAAUUUGCAGCUACUGUCGGGCCGCGUGCAAAUGGAAUACGCGCCGGACCCGCCGUUCUUCGUCCGAAUGCCCAACUUCCUUUCCGUCGCCACGCACCCGUUCGACCCGGCCCACUACGAAGAGGACGAGGACGACGAUCAGAGCAAAUUGGACGACGAGGGACGCAAUCGGCUCAAGCUCAGGGUCAGAAUUACACUCUUUUAUAUUUAAACGCCAAAAUUGCGAAAUAUUACCAUUGACUUUCGAUUAAACAGUACUUUCUUCAUACUUGUACACGGGCCGGCUGCUAACUCGCUUCAAAAUCAAUGUUGUGAGUAGAACGACAUCAGGUAUCCAAAAAAAUGUGACAGCUUUGAGCCGGUAUUGGACCGACCUAUAAUCUGCUUUUUGCCACUUUUGCCGGCCCGUAGCCAGGCCUGAAACCCGGCGUAGGAACAAAUCAUGAAAUGAAAGUUUUGAAGCAGCAUGUUCUUGAUCAUGCUAAUUCACCAAAAGUGAGAAAAGUGACGAAAUAAUGCCAUCAACUUUCGACGAAACGGUAUUUUUGAAAAUGCUAAUGUUGGUUGCAUUGAAACACCCUUUUAAAUCGAAAAUGUUUGCAGGUGGAAAACACUCUUCGCUGGCGAACUCGUCGCGAUCCGAACGGAAAGGAAAUCCGCGAGAGCAAUGCGAAAAUUGUGAAGUGGGACGACGGAACGUACGGUUUUUCGUCUUUUUUAUGAAUGUGUAUAGAAAAAUCGAGUUUUUCUCAAUUCGUUUCCCUCCCUUCUAUGUGUUCUAACAAUUUUUGCAAUUUUCAGAAUGUCCCUGUACUUGGGAAACGAAAUUUUCGAAAUUUCGUUGAUGGAACUGAACAAGAACAAUCUGCCGCAUUUGUACGCCACCCAACCAGGUCUCAUGGUAAGAAAAUGCGAAAAAUUCACAAUUUACAAGUUGUUUUCCAGGUUUCGUAAAAAGACAUAGUAUAAUUUGACGGGAAUUGAAUUAUUAGAAUUAUGGGAAUUUAUUUUUUUUAAAACCCGAAAAACUUGCAGUCUGCUCAAUCGGUGCUCACUCACCGAAUGACGUUCCGUCCGCACUCGACGGACUCGCAAACCCACCGAAAAGUCACUCUGAACAUGGCCGAUCGCAGCAGAAAGAACGCCCAAGUGAAGGUGAUGGACGACGUCGGACAGAACCCCGAAAUCACCAGAAGGGUACGCGUAGAACAGUUUAAUUGAAAAAAAUAACCGAAGAUUCUUUAAUAAAAUUCAAUUUGUCUUAAAAACCAUCCUAAAUCACUGAUUUUGCAGGAGAACGCGCGUAAGGAGGAGGAAUCGCUUCGGGCGCACAUCCGCCGCACCCAAAUGGUCCGUAAUAACUUCAAAGUGCGCCGUCCGGCCUACGCAGGCGGAUACUCGGACGACGAGGAAAUGACGUCUUCUUCACGGGGACGGCAGCGGAGGAAGGAGGCGCCUAUCAUUGGUGAGAGUGUGAGGGAUGACGGUACAAUACGGGGUUGUAAAGGAAUAGUAACUGAAGAUUGCAGAAUUAAAGAUGUCUCAAACUUUUAUCAAUUUUUAGAAACUGUGUUUGCAGGAGCGAGUUCGGACGAGGACGAGGAGGCGGAGCCGUCGAAGAAGAGCGGCGGAGGAUCGGAUUCCGAUUCGGAUCUCGACAAUCGAAAGGCGCAGCAGCCGAAAAAGAAGCAGAUCGUGACGAGCGACGAGGAGUCCGACUGA